AUGCAUAAGUUCGCAGAGAAGAAGUUUGUGCGAGGUGUUGGAAGCGGUUCCAAGUUGCGGAAUAAGGUAGUUGCACUUAUGGAUUACAACCUUUCUGACCUAAUUGGGAACGGAACUGGUGAAAUAAAAUCUGAAACUAGUCCAAAAGAUUCAUUAGAUGAUGUGGACAUCUCCUUGAUAUGUAAGAGGUUUCCAUCAAUUACGUUGGGUAGUGCUCCUCGAGUGGAUUUGUAUGAUGGGACUACAUCAUGUUCUGAUACAAUGAACUCUUUAGCAACAGAAAAUUUUGUACAUUGUUUUUCUGAUUCUUCAGAGGCAAGGUGGGUGCAAAGUGCUCUGUCUGAAGAAUGGCCUUCUCUGUAUGGCAAGCAUUCUAGUGUAGCAUCUUCUACAUUAGGAAAAGAUGAUUCAUAUCGUUCUCCUAUGCUGCCUGAUUUAGUGCCUAAAAUAUCUGAAGAAAAAUCAGAUCAAAUCACGGGGGAAGAUUCUCAAAUGAAAGUGGGGAUGGACUCACAAUCAAAUCCUACACCCAGUGAGUUAUUUCUUGACAAUUCUAUAAGUUGCAUACCUGGAUUAAGUAAGAGGCACUACCGGCAGCUGGAUAACUGUGGGUUUCACACGUUACGGAAAUUGCUACUCCACUUUCCACGAUCAUACGCUAAUCUGCAGAAUGGACAUGCUAAAAUUGAUGAUGGGCAAUAUUUGAUUUUUGUUGGAAAAGUCUUAUCUUCAAGGAUUAUGGGUGCAACGGAUCACUAUGAGAUGAGAGAAUAUAAUAUUGAUGUACUUGAAGAUGGAAAAGAUUUGUCCAUUUUUGCCAAAGAGAGGCCGUAUCCUAUCUAUCCUUCAAAAGGGGGUUUGAACCCAAAUUUUCUUAGGGACACUAUUGCGAGGCUGUCUAAUGGGUUGGCUGAUUUAGCUUUACAAGCGUUGCCUGUCAAUGUUGAUCCAAUUCCUAAAGAUAUCGCCGAACAAUUUGGACUACUAAAUCUUCAUGACGACUACAGAAUUAGGCAAGCUUUGCUGAACCUAGGAAGGGCUUCUACCUUCCACAAUGCUCCUGAUUAA